AGUGGGCUUCCGUCUGUAGGUGACUACAGAAGGAGGAGGAGCUCCAUCUGUUCUCUCUUCAGGCAGUUGUUGUGUCUCUCAGCGCUUGUUGGGUUCACAACCUAUUAAAUAAGCUCGCUGGUCUUCACCCUCCCAGACAAGUCAACUCAGGGGAGGCGGCAGGGCACGGGCCUUGGCCUGCAGCCCCAGCCGGGGCUGGGGCUGGGCUGUGAGGUGGGCAGGCGAGCAGCGGGCAAGACCAUCUCUGCAUGUGCAGCAUAGCCUCGGCCUAGGGCAGCGGGAGUGUGUGGCCAAAGCUGUGAGCAGAGGCACAGGUGGUGACAGGAGUAGAGGCACCCCAUGGGAAACAUACUGACCUGUUGUGUGUGUCCCAAGGCCAGCCCCGAGUUGCACCAGCACGAGGGGUCGGUGUGUCACUGUGAGUCUGAGACCUAUGAGGCAGCAGCUGGGGACCUGAUAGCAGGAGUGCCUGUGGCUGCGGCUGUAGAGCCUGGUGAGGUGACUUUUGAAGCUGGUGAGGGCCUCCACAUGUACCACAUCUGUGAACGGGAGAUGCCUGAAGAUAUACCUUUGGAGCCCAACCCUUCUGACCAUCCAAAGGCAAGCACAAUAUUCCUGAGAAAAUCUCAAACAGAUGUACAAGAAAAAAGAAAAAGCAACUAUACAAAGCAUGUAUCUACUGAGCAUUUUACUCAACAAUACAGUUCAUGUUUGACAAUAUUCCUUGAUGACAGCACAGUCAGCCAGCCUCAUCUUACAAUGACACUAAAAUCUGUGACCUUGGCGAUAUAUUAUCAUAUCAAGAAAAGAGAUGCAGAUAGAUCUUUGGGCAUAUUUGAUGAACGGUUACACCCACUUACACGAAAAGAGGUUUUGGAGGAAUAUUUUAAGUAUGAUCCUGAACACAAAUUGAUUUUCAGAUUUGUUCAUGCUCUGUUUAAAGCCAUGAGGCUAACAGCUGAAUUUGCAAUCAUAAGUUUGAUUUAUAUAGAAAGACUUGUAAGUUAUGCUAAUAUCGACAUUUGUCCAACUAACUGGAAGAGGAUUGUCUUGGGAGCCAUUCUUCUUGCCUCCAAGGUUUGGAGUGAUAUGGCUGUGUGGAAUGAGGACUACUGCAAGCUCUUUGAGAACACUACAGUUGAAGAAAUGAAUGAGUUGGAAAGGAAAUUCUUGAAGCUAAUUAAUUAUAAUAUCAACAUUACUAGCAGUGUUUAUAGCAGAUUCUACUUCGAUCUUCACACCUUGGCACACAACAACGGCCUGUAUUCACCAGUUUAUCUUCUUGACAGAGAAAGAGCAUGGAAGCUGGAGGCUUUUUCAAGGAUGGAACAAGACAAAGUUUUCUAUAAUGCUGCCAAGAACGGGUCUUUGAGUGCUGAUGAUUUAAUUCAUCUUCAGCGUGCUAAGGCCAUCCUCUUCUGAAGGAAGAAAUGAGGAGUAAUGUAAUACCUGAACCCCUCAUCAAAAAAGACAGGAAAAUAUCACCUCUCCUGCUAAAGAACUAGAAAAGUUGGUAUUGUCAAAAGAAGAAACACCUCAAUUCAAGUUAACUCAAGGACAACUAAGAUUGCACUUCAUAGUAAAGAAUGGGAUUAUGUGUGACUUUAGCACACUGUUUUCAAGUUUACGUUUUAGUUAAAAAUAAAUCACUGUUGGUUUUUUUUUAGAAUUAAAAUUCUAGCCACUCAGCUUCAGUGAUCCUCACUAAAUCCUGAUAAUAUUGGUGUAUUUUUAUCCAUUUUAAUUAUUUAGUACCUAAGGUAAAAUCUUCAACUUAUCACCUUAUCUUGAUGAAUUGCAAACUAGAAUCAAUGAUCUCUAUUAAACUUAGAAGAAAAAGUG